AUGAAGCUGGCGUUGGCUUUUGGUGUGCUCAGCCUGCUGGUGAUGGGCGCCAUGGUUUUCCAGACCGUGCGUCAGGAGCUGAAUCUGCGUUCUCUGAGAGCCCGCCUGGUUGACAACUCGAUAGAGGUAAAGCAAAAAGAGAAAUCCAUCGUCGAGGUUAAAGCCAAACUGCAGGAGAUGAGGACAUCGCUGGUGUCCACCAACACAAAAGUGGAUGAGCUGAAGCAAAAGAAAAGCGAGGUUGAGAAUUCAGUACAGGAGAUGGAUAAAACUCUGGAGACCUGCAAGGCAGAAAAGGUCAACAUUGACAAAAGGAAGGCAGAACUAGAAGAGGCCUUGACUAAAGUCAAAGCUGACCAUGAAGAGGCUAAAAGCAAAGCUCAGGGGGAAAUUCAGACCCUGAAACAACAGAUUUUGGACAGAGACAAAUCUCUGUGUGCACUUGCAGACAAGACCAAAGAAGAGGCACGGAAGCUGUGUGGAGUGUUUGAAGAACCCAAAUAA